GAGCUGUUCCCUUUCCUGUUGUCGCCGCGCGUCACUCCCUGCCUUUUCCCCAGACAGGCCGGUCACAGCGCCGCCACACGCCUAACUCUCGUCUCCUCCCCGCCGUCCUGUGGGUGCUGCCCGGUGAAGCAUGGCGGCGGUGGAGAGAAGAGUGUGUGAGACGGAGCACUGCACCAGCGAGGCCAAGCUGCAAUGCCCGACCUGCCUCAAGCUGGGCAUCCACGGCUCGUACUUCUGCUCGCAGGAAUGUUUCAGGGGAAGCUGGGCAUCGCACAAGAUGCUGCACAAGAAAGCAAAAGAUGAGAGAGUCAAAACUCAAGAUUCACCAUGGACAAUGGAAGGAGAAAUCAAUACCGAUCCUUGGCUAGGCUAUCGGUAUACUGGAAAACUCAGGCCACACUAUCCAUUGAUGCCAAUGAGACCAGUACCAAGCUACAUACAAAGGCCCGAUUAUGCAGAUCACCCUUUAGGAAUGUCACAAUCUGAACAAUCCUUGAAGGGAACCUCCCAAAUUAAAGUGCUUUCUCCCGAAGAAAUUGAGGGAAUGCGGGUUGUAUGUAAGCUAGCUAGAGAAGUGCUGGAUGUGGCUGCUAUGAUGGUGAGGGCUGGAGUCACUACUGAAGAGAUAGACCAUGCUGUACAUUUGGCGUGCAUUUCAAGAAAUUGCUACCCUUCCCCACUGAAUUAUUAUAACUUCCCAAAGUCCUGCUGUACAUCUGUGAAUGAAGUGAUCUGCCAUGGGAUUCCAGACAGGAGACCGCUGCAAGAUGGAGACAUUGUGAAUGUGGACAUUACUGUUUACCACAAUGGUUACCAUGGAGAUCUUAAUGAAUCCUUUUAUGUUGGAGAAGUUGAUGAGGGCGCAAUACGGCUUGUUCAGACAACUUUCGAGUGUCUAAUGCAAGCAAUUGAUGAAGUGAAGCCUGGUGUUCGGUACAGAGAACUAGGAAACAUUAUUCAGAAACAUGCUCAAGCCAAUGGCUUCUCUGUUGUUCGAAGCUACUGUGGACAUGGCAUUCACAGGUUAUUCCAUACUGCUCCCAAUGUGCCACACUAUGCCAAAAACAAGGCUGUCGGUGUGGUGAAACCGGGGCAUGUGUUCACAAUCGAGCCAAUGAUCUGUGAAGGAGGGUGGCAAGAUGAGACCUGGCCAGAUGGUUGGACUGCAGUGACAAGAGAUGGAAAACGUUCAGCUCAGUUUGAGCACACUCUUUUAGUCACAGAGACUGGCUGCGAGAUCUUGACCAGGAGAUUGGAACACAAUGGACGUCCUCAUUUUAUGUUUUAGCAUCCCCCUUGUCGUCUUAAUUAGUUGAUAGAAAUGGUGUGUCAACUACUUUACGCUGUGCGUUUUUACAUGACAAGCGCCUGAAGGAAACGUGGGGUUUUAUCACACCUUUACAUAUCUGUGAUAGAGGAAAACGCCAUACAGCUUGAAAUUUAGUGUUAAGCAACUCUUGAAACGAGGAGAAAACAGGUCUUUAUAUAUUUUUUUUUUUUCCUGCCUUUUUAUUGCUGUCUGUUUUAAGAACCCCUUUCAAAAUUUCUGUUCUUUGCCUUCUAAGUUUCCAUGAACAGAAACACACGUUGCCUCCAAAGUGACUUUCUACUGAUAAUGGCUGUAUUUUUACAGCUUGGGUUUUGGGCUGCUGACUUCUUCUUUUCUUCAGUAUAUUCUAGCUAUGCAUUUGUGUUGAAAUGCGAGACCGAGGUCUGUUCCUCUAAUUUGGCAGUCUUUAUGCUGCUGCAGACAGAGUAAGGGGCAAAUACAUGUCUGGACUGUGUGUGUUUUGUUUUCUGCUUUAACAGAUUUGGUAGGUUUUGUUUAUGGCAGCCAAACCCAUGGUAGCUCAGUCACUGGUAACUCCUGGCAUUGAAAUGUCUUUGGCUGAUUGUUCUCCUCUUUUGGUAAUCUUGGUGCCUUUAAUCUUGGAAAGCUGAUGUUCCUGAGAUUGUGGAGGUUGAAUUUCUGAAUGACCGUUGUAUUUGUCACUCCCCAUAGUCAGGCUCUUAGGACAUUAUGUGCAAUUUGCUCUGAUAAUAUAGAUGCUUACGUGACUAUACAUAAUAAGAAGACUUGCACAUCUGGUGGCCGUGCAGCAUACACGCCUUCUUACAGGAUGAGUAGCAAAGCUUUAGAUUCCAACAAGAUUUUUGUUCCUUAAAAUUAAUAACCGUUUGCCAAAUCACGUGUAUCUUUUCUGUUUCACCAUUCCCCUUCAUUUCUUGCCUAUCUUUAACUAUGUUCUUUCUCCAAGGUGACUCCCCUCAGUCAUAAGGAGUGAUUUGGCUGUUUAUUCAAGUGCCCAGACCAAGUCCCUGCUGACAUUUUAUGACUCCCUAAAAAGACAUCCAAUUAGUAAAAAGAAUUGUUGUUUAUUUGUUCGACCCAUAAAGACCUGUCUGCCCAAAGUUUUGAUAUGCUUUUCAGCCAAAUAUUCUUGUUAAAUUAAACUAUGUUGACAAUGUUGAAUCUA